AUGGUCUCUAUCGAAGUUCCGCUUUUUAACAGUCACGAAGUGCAACUUAUUGAGAAGACUGUCUGGCACAAUGAUCAGGGCGGCGAAUGGAUAGUAGCAAGACCCGAAGUGCACCAAAUUACCACGGAUCUCGGUGGCUCAGGCCUACUUAGGUUCAAAAUCACUGAUGGAGAUUUCUUCACCGUGGUUGUAGGGUUCAACGAGGCUCGCGAACUGUGGUGUGAUCUUCAGGUUGAUCUAGGGGUUUCCGAUACUUCAAUCAAGCUACAUCCAGAGUACCAUGGGGGUCGCUUCGAGAAUCAGAAGUCCCAGGAGGAGCUCAAGAAGACGACAAAGAGUGGGAAACAAAUCAGGCUUGUACCACUUAACUAUUCCUCCGGGCGCUCGGUUUUGUUUUAUAUCCAGUAA